AUUUCUAUCUGUCUGAUUUGAUCGAUGGAAACCAAAGUUUACCCAGUUUUGAGUAGGCAAAGAAAAAAAAAUGUUUUUGACAGGAAGUUUUAGCUCGCGGGGAAACAACGCGACGGCGCUCCCGUGGACGGCCAACAGUGUCCGGGUGGAAAAACAAACAGCUAAGCUAAGCGGAGCAACCGAGGAGGAGCUCGGCUUCACUGUUACCUGUGCGAAGAAGCGCCGGGUUGUUGUGACUGAAGCUCCCCGUCCGCUCCGCCGCCAUGGCCGCUGCAGCUGUCGGGAGAGGUUCUGCCACUGUGCCUAUACGAGGAGCCGGAGAUGGCAUGGAAACCGCGAAGCCACCGGCCACACUGGAGGUCGUCACCGACGGCCCGCUCCCGGUUUUAUCGGAGGUUCCUCUCCUCAAGGCAGCUAGCCCGAGUCACGGCCCAAAAUCUACUCACGUCUCAGCCCCUGCUGCCCCACAGCCUCUCGGGGUGCUUUACCUGGGCAAAGUGACCAGAGAGGCCUGCACAGAAGUGGAAGCUGUGAGGAUCAUUGUGCCCCGAGCCGCCAUCACGCGCAGCGGCCGGGCGGGCCCCGCCGAAGGGAAAGGCGAGGCAGGGCAGCAGGCCGAGGAGCAGAGCUCUCCUCCGCCAGCGGAGGACUGGAGAGGACAGCUGGAGAAGCUGCAGAACUCUGAGCGCCGGCUCCUGCAGGACAAAGAAGGCCUUUGCAAUCAGCUCCGUGUGCAGACGGAGGUGAACCGCGAACUCAAGAAGCUGUUGGUGGCUUCAGUAGGCGACGACCUGGAGUACCAGUUCGAGCGCCUUGCGCGGGAGAAAAACCAGCUCAUCCUGGAGAACGAGGCUUUGGGUCGAAGCCUGGCGCACACCGCCGAGCAGCUGGAACGCAGGAGCAUCCAGUGUGACGUCUGGAGGAGCAAGUUCCUCGCCAGCAGAGUCAUGGCAGAGGAACUGACAAACGCCAGAGCAGCUCUGCAGAGGCAGAUCAGAGAGGCCCAGGGAGCGAUUCAGGACCUGCUGUUGGAGAGAGAGGAGUUCUCCCGAGACAUGAUGCUCAGUCACAGAUCCCUGGAGCAGCUCCUGGUGUCGUUACAGUGGGGCAGACAGCAGACGUACUACCCUAGCGCACAGCCCCUCAGCUUCGGGGAGCUGGCUGCAGCCAAUCACAAGCUAGCAGACGCCAUUAACUCCCAUCUAUUGGGCAAAAACAACAGCAGCAGCAGCAGCAACGUGCCGAGGAGCAGCGGCGCAGCAGCUGAGCAGCUCUGCAGCACACCAGCAGAGAAGAUGGCUGAGCAGGUGCUGAAGGUUUUAAAUCCAAUUUCUUGUUCAGAAAACAAGGCAGAAUCUCCGCUCGGCGAUCCGACCUCCCCAAACUUCCUGGGCAGCAAGAAGAGCAUCGGCAGGUUCCACCCCUACACCCGCUACGAGAACAUAACCUUCAACUGCUGCGAGCGCUGUACCGGCGACAUCAUAGUUCUCUAGAUUUGCCUCAUUUUCAGACUGGAAGCAACAGCGUCUGUUUUUUUUCUUUUUUUUUCUAUGAAAACAAAAAACUUGCUAGCAGAACAGACGUGGCUGUUUCAAUACAUACAAAUCCUGACUGUUUAGUUGCUAUCAUUUCAAUUAACGGUUUUAAAACGUGUUGCUCAGCUCAUUAAGUUGGUGGAAACGUAAAAAUAUGAGUCCGGAACCAAGGAAGCAUUCAAGCUCCAUCAUAAAUCAUGUUUUUCUCACCGGAACGUGAGGUCAGAGCGAGACAGUGUUACACCGUGAACACAUGCGAGCGCAGGCUUUGUUUUAACUGGAACAUAAAGCUGGUGUUAAUGUGCUUUUUUUUUAUUGUUGAAUAAAAGUCCAGGAUGCAGCUGACAGGAAGUAUUUGCACAUAAAAACACCUCUUUUCAUUCUUUUUUCCACUGUACGAUGGUGCUUUGAUUUUUAUUUAUUAUCAUGGAGUAUAUCUUGUUUUGGAUGCUGUAAAAACCUUCAUCAGCAGACAAAGUGAACUGAUGGUACUGUGCACUGUUGCAACAGAUAAAAACCCUAGUUAGAUUUUUGUUUUACUGACAUGUUAGAUCCUCCUUUCUAUCCUUUUGUUUUUUGUGCUUUAAAACACACUAUGAAUUUUCUUCCUGCAUCGUGGAGUAUUAAAAACAAGCUGUAUAUUUAGCUGGACAACUGCACAGUUGUGGGUAUGAUUUAAUUUACUGUGAAACUGUAUCAAAAAUAUCGCGAAAGCAUCUUUUGUGUGUCAGACUAAAAUAAAGACCAAAGAAGUUUCUACUUUU